AUGGCGACCAAGGAGCGCAACGCGUUGGCCAAGACGAACCCUCUCUUUUCGCUCGCGUCGGGCACCUUUGCCGGUGCCGUGGAGGGUUUCGCGACCUAUCCGAUCGAGUACACCAAGACCGUCUCGCAGUUUGCGACCAAGGCGGGCGCCAAGCCGCCGAACCCCCUUGUGAUUGUCAAGGAGACGGUUGCCAAGCACGGUAUCAGCGGCCUGUACAGUGGCUGUGGUGCUCUGGUGGCCGGCAAUGCGCUCAAGGCCGGCGUGCGUUUCCUGUCCUAUGACCACUUCAAGUCGCUGCUCAAGGAUGAAAACGGCAAGCUGAGUGGCCCUCGCAGUCUCCUCUCGGGUCUCGGUGCCGGUAUGGCCGAGGCGAUCUUUGCCGUGACGCCCAGCGAGACGAUCAAGACGAAGCUGAUUGACGAUGCGAAGCGUGCGGUGCCCAAGUACCCCCCCGGCCUGCUGCGCGGCUCGAUGGCGAUUAUCGGGGACGAGGGCCUGCGCGGUAUCUACCGCGGCCUUGUGCCGGUGAUGCUGCGCCAAGGCGCGAACAGUGCCGUGCGUUUCGGUACCUACUCGACGCUGCGCAACUUUGUCCAGGGCUCGUCGCGCGCUGGCCAGGCGCUUCCCGGUGGUAUUACCUUUGGCAUCGGCGCGAUCGCCGGUAUUGUGACAGUCUAUGCAACCAUGCCCCUCGAUGUGGUCAAGACGCGCAUGCAGAGUCUCGAGGCGCGCCAGCACUACAGCGGCACCUUUGACUGCAUGGCCAAGAUCCUGCGCAACGAAGGCAUCCUCGCGUUCUGGCGCGGUGCGACCCCCCGUCUGGCGCGUCUGAUGCUCAGCGGUGGUAUCGUGUUCACGGUGUAUGAACAAACGAUGGACCUGCUCGAUCGUACGUUUGGCAAAUAG